GGGGGACCCGCACGUCCACCCGGCCAGCCCCCUCGGAGGUCCUCGCACCCCAGUUUUGCAGCAGCUCGCGCCGUGUGGUUAAGUCCAGGCUUAUUUUCUCAAGCGCUCCUCGCGGACCCGCCCAGGAAGUGGCGGACAGGGGCUCAGAGAGAGAGAGAGAGACACACACACACACACACACACACCGCAGGUCACCGCCGCAGUGUUCGCUCCCUACGACUCGUCAGAAAGUUAGAGGAGCUUAUCGUUUUUAUCACAAGUCCAGCAGGUUUUAGUCGGAGGAAUGCGCUGUCCCCUUAAGCAGUCUGCCACGAGCGUCGGCGGCUCGCUCGAUUAGGCGAACGCGGGCACGAAUGGCGGGGUUAGCUUUAACUCCGUGCAGCGCCAGGCGCUCUGCUGCGAGGAAGUAACGAGUUCGCCUCGAGUUCGCGUGACGGAGCCGCGAGUUUCGAGAAGCAACGGGAGGUUUUUUGUUUUGUUUGCGGCAAGGUUACGGUACUUUUGCUCUUUUCUCUUCGUUUGACCCACUUUGGAUCCGGUGUCAUCAUGACGCCCGACCUCCUGAACUUCAAAAAGGGAUGGAUGUCAAAACUGGACGAUAGCGGAGAGUGGAAGAAGCAUUGGUUCGUUCUGACCGAUGCUGGACUGAAGUACUACAGAGACUCCAGCGCAGAGGAGAAAGAUGAUAUGGACGGGGAGAUUGACCUCAAAUCCUGUGUGAAGGUGUCUGAGUUCGAUGUGGAGAAGAACUAUGGCUUUCAGAUACAGACGAGGGAGGCCGCCUUCACGCUGUCCGCUAUGACGGCUGGGAUCAGACGCAACUGGAUAGAGGUUUUGAAGAAGUGCAUCCGGCCCAGCAGCUCUCCAGACCUCACACAAUUACCCGACAGCAGCAGUGACAAGGAAAACUCCCAUUCACGCUUUCUGCUGUCUUCCCGUCGCCAGUCAACGCGUCACAGCGACGCUCAGUCAGAAGCUCCGACCUCUGCCCCUCCCACUUACCGCAGGUUCGACUACGUUGAGCUGUCCCCUGUCCCCGCCUCCUCAAGCCCAUUUCCGGCCAAUCAGCGGGAAGCAGGAGAGGGGCAGGGGAGGGAGAGCCAAUGGCAUGAGGAGAGGAACACGAGCAGCCAAUGGGAGGCUUUGCUGUCCCGAAAGGGCACUGGCAGUGGAUCGAAUCAGAGGCUACGCAUGGAGGACGAGCUAGAGAAGAAGUGGGCGGAGUUUGAACGCUUGCCGUUGAAGGAGAUGAGCACUUUACCACCAGUGGGAUCACGGCUCUCCGGCCAGUCAGCCAAUGAGGCGCUGCAGAGGGAGGUGGCGUCACUGAGGCAGCAGCUGGAGGAACUACAACGGGGGGGAAAGGGAGGAGGCAGAGGAGGAGAUGUGCGGGGCGGCUGUGGCCCUGAGGCCCCCUGUGGCCGCAGCCUGGUCGCCAUGGAGCGUGCUCAUCGACAGGCGCUGGAGGAGCUGCAGAGGCAGCACGACCGCCAGACCAGGGAGCUGCAGGCAGAAAAGGACCGGCUGCUGCUGGAGGAGACCCAGGACACUGCACGAGUGAUGGAGGCGUUGAAGAAGAAACACAAAGAGGAGCUGGAGAGAGAGGCCGAGAACGUCAAGAGGCUGAGCAGCGGGGUGUUAGACUCACAGACUUUGCGAGCCCAGCAACAGGCAGAGACUCAGUCGUUGCAGAGGGAGCUGGCCGGACUCUCUGAGCGCUAUUCUCAGAAGUGUCUGGAGCUGAACCGAGCCGAGCAGAACAACGCUGAGCGAGAGAGGGAGAUCAGCCGCAAGGAAAGAGACAUGGAGCAGCUGAGGAAAGAGAACCAGGACUUAAAGGCCCGAUUGACGGAGGAGAUAGGCCGCACACGAUCCACCACCACGGAUCAGGGCUCAAAGGACAACAAAGACAGGACGCCCUGUGAGCUAGAGGUUCUUCUCCGGGUGAAAGAAAACGAGAUAGAUUACUUACACAAGGAGAAUAGCUGUCUGAGGAACGAACUGCAGUUUCUAAACACGGAGAAACGUCUGGCCUGCGAGCGAUAUACGGAGGUGCAUGAUGAGCUGAGUGGCAUGAAGGGCCGGAGCGAGCGGGAGAUCCACAGUCUAAAGGAGCACCUGAGGCUCGCCAUGGCUGCUCUGCAGGAGGGACAAAAACUGGGCAACAGCCUGGACCACUGAGAAGCUGCUGCUGUUACUGAUGCGCCGGAGGACACGGCAUUAGGUGUGUCCGCAGGUGACUGAAACAAAGAUGGACUCAGGAGAGGAGCAGAGGAGAUGACUGUUGGACGUGUACAGUUCCGGCUGUGUGGGGACCAUGAUAGUGCCUUAGUUUUCAAUCAUUCUGCCAACGAGCAGCAUAGAGUAGCUAUUAGCUGGUUUCAUUACACUGGGCCACAUGUGAUAUAUAAAACUGCACUUUUCAUUUUUUUUUUUUUUUUUAGAGCUUUUGCUUUUGUGAGUAAAAGCGCAUGCGAGUGCGCAUUAUGUCUUAAAACUGGAACAUUGUUUGAGUGACAUGUUUUAUUUUUUAUCUGAUAUUGUACAUAAAGAGGUCACGUCGUGUCAGCUCGUCGGAUACACUUCUCACUGCAUCUGCGUCUUCUCCCACAGAUACAGAAGAGCUGCUGUCACAUCACUUUUUUGAUGUACAGCUUCUGAUUCAUGUCUUCUGUGUGAAAACGGCACACGCUUCUUCCGAAAUGGGAGUUUAUCAUUUUGUGUAAUUAUUUUCUCGCUUGCAACAAUUGUGCUUGUGAAUAUGAAAUUCUGCAAAAACUGGGAUUAAUGCAGGACCAGACAGCAAACGUUUCUCAUUCCUGGCGAGCUGAAUUGGAAGCAUUAUCAGGAUCAACUUUCUUCGGGGUUGCUUGCGAAAAGCAUCCCCGAUGAAUGUCUUCCCGCAUCACAGAUGUCUUUAUUUUUAAACCAUGGCUGAAAAAGCUUUCCAGUCUCCCCUGAUCUUUGUUGGCAUUUAUGUGCCGCCACCACAACAAAUGACAGGUUUGCGUUGAUGAGCCAAUUUUUUUUAUUGACAGUAUGAAUUGUGAUAAAAACGACUUAUCUACCUGCCUUUUUUGAAAACUUUUUUCAUAUUUAAUUUACCGAAGAGCCUAUAUCGUCUUUGUAAAUUAUACACAUUUUUUCAAUCAAUAAAGAAAAGUUCAACCGAA